CAAUUUGGCUUGCAAUUGAGUGAGUAGAUCUGCAGUUGCUUCCAAUUUGCUUUGCCUAAUUAUUUCAAUUAUCAGUGUUCACUUUCUUCAAUUUCUUCCAUUGAACUUGCAGGAAAUAUUGGUCAGUCUCAUUCUUUACCAAGGAAUAGGGUUGCAAUUAAGCAGAUCUACUAGUGCUUGUAAUUUACUUGGUUUAAUCUGGUCAUCAUCCUUAAUUUCUUCAAUUUCAUUUGUUAAACCGCGCCUUCUCUAAAUGGCGGAUAUUGUGGGCCCACUCAUUGAAAUAGUAAAUUGCCUUUCCACUCCAACCUGCACCUAUGUAGAUCAUUACAGGAAAUUUAAUGGUGAUGUGAAUGGGUUGAGAGACAAAUUGGAAGAUCUAAAUGGACGAAAACAAGAUAUUGAAUCAAGACUUCAAGUGGAGGUUCAUGUGGAAGAAACGGUGGUGAAAGAAGAAGUGCAACUCUGGAUCAAACGUGUACAAACCAUCAAUGAUGAAGUUCAAGCUAUUUUAGGAAAGGCACGGAGAGUUAAAUGGUACAGAAAAGCUUGUCUUGGGAAAGAUGUUCGUAGAAAAAUUGAUGAGGUAAAAGAAAUCUACAAACAAGGUAGUUUUACAGGAGGCCUUGUAAUUGCCAGUGCUGGAGGUCCUGGAAUCAUACUUCCAACAGAGGAUUUAGAGGGUGAAAAAUCUGUUAAAGAAAAACUUCGGAAGUACUUGAUGGAUGAUGAGGUUGGAAUAAUUGGAGUCUGUUGGAUUGGUGGAGUUGGUAAGACUACAAUCAUGAAGCAUGUUAACAAUGAAUUGUUGAAGGAGGACAGGUUUCAGAAAGUGAUUUGGGUUACUGUGUCUUACCCUCUCAAUGUUUUAGAAUUACAAAAGAAGAUUGCACUUGCUAUGGGCAAAACACUUCGAGAAGAUGAAGAAGAAAUGAUGCGGGCAAGAAAACUAAUGGAUAUAAUGGAAAGGGUGAGAUUUUUGCUGAUAUUAGAUGAUGUAUGGGAAAUUUUUUCUUUGAGUGAUGUUGGAAUUCGAGAACCAACACGUCAGAACAGGUGCAAAGUAGUUAUCACCAGUAGAUCGAUUGAAGUAUGCAAUUUUUUGGGUUGUGAGAUUGUUAAAGUGCAGCCUCUUUCACCAGGGGAGUCUUUAAAUCUAUUCCUUAACAAGGUUGGACAUGAUGUUUUACAAGUUGCAGGAUUGAAAGAAAUUUUGAAGCUUAUUGUGGAGGAGUGUGCUGGUUUACCGUUAGCAAUUGUUGUAAUAGCAGGGGGCAUGAGGGGAGAAUAUGACAUUAUAGAGUGGAGAAAUGCACUAAAUGAAUUACGCCAGUGUGUAAAGAGUGCGAAAGGUAUGGAGGAUGAGAUAUUUAGGCGGUUAAAAUUUAGUUAUGACCGUCUAAAAAGUUCGGAAAUCCAAAAAUGUUUUUUAUAUUGCUCUUUAUUUCGAGAAGAUUAUGAGUUUUUUAGAAAGGAGUUGAUAGAAAGUUGGAUUGAUGAAGGAUUGAUUGAUGAGUCAGGAAGAAGACAAGAAGCUUAUGAUAGGGGUCAUGUUUUUUUAAAUAGGCUGGAAAAGAACUGCUUGUUAGAGAAAACAGUUGGUGGGAAUGGUUAUGGUUAUGUUUUUAAGAUGCAUGAUGUUGUGAGAGACAUGGCUAUCAAAAGCAUUGGUGUUGGAUUUGGAUAUAUGGUAAAAGCUGGUAUGAAUCUGAAAAAGGUGCCGAAUGAGAGUGAGUGGGUAAGAGAUCUUAAGAAGGUAUCUCUAAGAGCAAAUGGCAUUUCAAAAAUUCCUGUUGGUUUGAUAUUGUCAAAUAAUGCUGAUUUGGCAGAGAUUCCUAGUUCCUUUUUUGAAGAUAUGAUCGGACUUAAGGUUCUUGAUCUUUCUGGUACUGGUAUUGAAGCUUUACCUGAUUCCAUCUCUAACUUGGUGAAUCUCUCUGCACUGCGGUUGAGGGAGUGUAGGGGGUUAAAGUACUUGCCUUCCUUUGAGAAGCUUGUUGCAUUGAAGAAGUUGGAUCUGCAUAGGGCAGGGAUUGAGGUGGUCCCUAAAGGCAUGGCGAUGUUGGUGAGUCUUGAAUAUCUUGAUUUGUUUUGUCCAAAACUAAAAGAGAUUCCGAUGGGAAUAUUACCUAGCCUUCUCAGUCUCCAGUACUUGGUUGUAUAUCCAAGUAGUGCAAUUAUUAGAAGGAUAAAUUUAGAAGAGGUUGUUAGAUUGAGCAAUUUGGGGAGUUUGGAAUGUGGCAUGGGGGGCAUACAAGACUUCAACUAUCUUGUCAAUAAGUCUGAAGAUUUUGAAAGUCUUACGGCUUAUGAUCUUCGACUGACAACAGGUAAACAAGACAUCACAGCUUAUGCAUUUUCUGAUGAAUAUCAACGUAAGGUUUUAAUCUUUGGGUGUGAGAUUGGAGAAGAAUGUAUAGUGCUUCCAGAUAAGCUUGAGGAUUUGUGGAUCAAUCACUGUAAAAACAUGAAAAACAUGAGAUGUAGCUCAAACAAAGCAGUUUUGUUAGAAAAUGCAACCGAGUUGAGAAAAUGUUUGAUUUGGGAUUUUGAAGGGAUAGAGUGCAUGGUUGAGUUGGACUCAUCCUCCUCUUCAUUGAGUUGUCCAGUACUGGAUAAGCUUGAAGAGUUGUAUAUUAGGGACUCGCCUAACUUGAGUGCACUUGUGAGAGUGGAAGGAGUAGCAAAACUACCGCUGAUCUUUUCCAAUCUUAAAAGCCUUCUUUUGCACAAUUGUUUAGGAAUGACGAAGUUGCUUCCGUUUGAGCUAUUGCAGGCCCUCCAAAAUUUAGAGGAGAUUUGGAUUAGUGGUUGCGAGCAAAUGGAGGAGAUAAUAGCAUCAUCAGAUUCAGACGCAUCAUCUGAUAUAUUCAGUUUUCCUAAGUUAAGGAAAUUGAGAUUGAACUAUUUACCCCAAUUGAAGAACAUCUGCAGUGGCAAAGGCGUUUGUGAUUCUAUUGAAGAAAUUACAAUACAUCACUGUCGGAAGUUAAAGAGGAUCCCUUUGCAAUUUCCCCUGCUUGAUAAUGGCCAACCAGUUCCUCCUCCUCAUCUCAGAGAAAUCAACAUAGAUGAACAGGAGUCAAAAGAAUGGUGGGAAUCACUGAAGUGGGAUCAUCCUAAUGCUCAGAACAUGCUCCAACCUUUCUUGAAGUUACAUCGGGAGAGGAGGUAUUCUGGAAUUGAUGAGAUUGAGAUGCAUCCACCCUUAACAUUCUGCUUUGCUGUCUCAUAAACGCCAACGAUGAUCUUUUCUCAAGCAAAGGCAACUCCUCUUGUCGGAACAGCAAAGCAAAGAAAACGGGGCUCACCCACAGCCAGUAGUCUUUGAUUUCAAUGACAAUAAUGUUAACCCUUUUUCCAAUUUAUGUCUGUUCUUUUCUUCUAUUGGAUGAACUUGGUUCUGUUUCUUUCGGUAAUUUGUUGUGUUGUAAGUUGUCAAGCAUGUUAUGUUAUGGGAUUUCUUCUCUUGUUUCUUUUGUGCAUGUUUGCUUCAUAUUGUGAAUCUGUUAUCAAUUCUUAAAUUUUUGUAAUUUGUGCCUUUCAUGUUUGAUAUAUUGUCAUAAUUACAAAUUCCCUUUGCUUUGCUGACUUUACCACUGGAGAACACUUGGAUAGCGCUCUAGUGCCUUCUUCCCCUCUUACAAGGUAACAAUUUCUGUAGAUUAAAGUGAACAACAAAGGGAGUUCCUAUGUAGGAAUCACCAUGGUAGAAAAGAACUCAGCUCUCAUAAAACCCUACACAAUAGGUUGGCAAUUGGCAAGAUGCAUGAGAUCCAGGCUUUGGUUCCUGAUGAACUCCAAGUAGUAAGUGUCUAUUUUACUGUCUUCAUUUUCUAUCACUGUCUGUACUUUGACCCUUUAAAAUUAAUAUUAUUCAUCUAC